AAGAUCUCAUACAUCCACUCACUCAGCCCAAGACACCAUGGACGCUGCACCCAGGAAAGGCUUCUACCACCAGGAGAUUAAUAAGACCAAAUGGGAGGUUCCUGAGCGAUACAAGGAGCUGCGGGCGGUUGGCGCUGGGGCGUAUGGAACCGUCUGCUCGGCCAAGGAUACAGUGACCGGAGAACGUGUAGCCAUAAAAAAAUUACUCCGUCCGUUCCAGUCCCUGAUACAUGCCAAAAGAGCCUACCGGGAGCUGCGCCUGCUGAAGCACAUGAACCAUGAGAAUGUGAUAUCCCUCCUCAAUGUCUUCAGUCCUGACGAGUCGAUGCAUUCGUUUCAGACUUUUUACCUAGUUAUGCCAUUCAUUCCUCUGGACUUGGCACGGGUCAUGAAGAUGCAGAAACUAAACCACAGCAUGAUUGUCUACAUUCUCUAUCAGAUCCUUCAAGGCCUCCAGUACAUUCAUUCUGCUGGCAUCGUUCACAGGGAUCUGAAGCCAAGCAAUCUCGGAGUGAGCGAAAAUUACGAGGUCAAGAUUUUAGAUUUCGGACUGGCCCGGCAGGUAGAACCUGAGAUGACCGGAUACGUGGUCACUCGCUGGUACAGGGCACCAGAAAUUAUCCUCAACUGGAUGCAUUACAACCAAACAGUGGAUAUUUGGUCUAUUGGAUGCAUCUUGGCGGAAAUGAUCACUGGACGUGUCCUGUUCCCUGGAGGAGAUUAUUUUGACGAGCUGAACAAAAUCAUCGAAGUAAUAGGAAGUCCCAAACUUUCUCUGAUCAACAAGAUGGAAAGUAAACACGCUCAAGACUACCUAAAAAUGCUCCCAGAGAAACAGAAAAAGAAUUUUAAAGAGCUCUUCCCAACAAUGAGCGCGUUAGAGAUUGAUCUUCUGGACAAGAUGUUGGACUUGGACCCGGAGAGGAGAUUAUCUGCAGCAGAAUGCCUGGCACAUCCUUACCUAGAGGAAUACAAGGACUCCGAUCCCGACCCGCCCGCCGAAAAAUAUGAUGACUCUUUUGAAAGUCUGGACCUUGCCAUUCCUGAAUGGAAAAGUUUAAGUCACAUGGAAAUCAUGACAUUUGAGCCCAAAAAACCAAGCGAGCAGGCGACAUGACCCUGCUCCUCCACCUCCUGGGGCCUUAAGGAGAUUCCCGAGCUCCGGGGUAUAAAAGGAAGGAGCGCUCCAUUCAUCAGCCAAAGAAGCGACUGAGGCCCAGUUCCCGUCAUUCCCAGGGCCGGUUAUAGAAAGACUUGUUCUAGAGACGUCUCUGUGGAUAGUGUGGAUCCCAUUUAACCUUAGAAAUGUGUAUAAAUGUUCAGUGACUAAUAGGAUUCUGGAUGCAGCGCCCCCACAGGCUGCGCCAGCGAUUGCAGCUCAAACCCUUUUAAUGUAUUUUUAUACUAAUA